AUGAUGGAUCCCGAAGCGAAAAAAUUGAUGAAUCAUGAUGAUGGUCCAUAUAUUCAGGAAGUAAUGAAUAAUUAUUUCAAGAAGAAUGAGAAUGAAAUGGUGUACAGAGAAGAAAAGGAAAUGCAAAUUCCACGAAUAGAACUUUCUUUUGAUUUGUAUGAAUAUAUUCUUGAAUUUGUUCCUCCUGAACAUUUAUUCGGAAGUGUGAUUUUUACAUGUAAAGAAUUUGCAAGAAUCAUUUUGCAUGAUGAAACAUUUCAUAUUCAAUUGGUUAGGAAUAAUAUGAGUUCAAAGAGAAAAUUAAAAAGAGUGAUUGAUGAGAUAGGUCCAAAUGGAUACAAUGGGAAAAUAUUAAUGAGUUUGAAUUGCAAUAAUGAUGAACAAACAAACCAAGAGGAAGAGUUUGUUGAAAUUGAUAUUAUUCAAGAAUUGAAAAAGAUGAGCUUUUUAAUGCGGUGGGGAAUUAAAAAGUAUUUAAUUGGGUGUAUUCGAAAUGAUUAUGAAAGACCUUUAGUGUUGGUCUCUACGUACAUGUAUUCUGAUGUUGUGAGAGAGCAAGAGGCCAAUCACCAAUUUUUCAACAGUUUGGUUCAUGAUCUCAUCUGGACUCCUUCCGAUAAUGGUGUGAUGGCAAAGGAAUUACUGGCCUUGUAUGAAAAGGUGAGAAAAAUCUCCAAUCCAUCACUUCCAAAUCUAUUCAAAACAAAAAUUAGAGGAUUUCACUUGAUUCAUUCCCUUGCUUUUCACAACAGGGUAAACAUUCUGAAAUUCAUGUGUGAACAUGUACCUUCACCGCAAGAAGAAGAAAAUCCUCAAACCACUGACAAGAUUUCUCACUUGUUAGUGAGAGAACCUAGCUAUCAUCAAAACAUUGCACAUAUUGCUACCUCGAGAAACAGUAUGGAAUGCUUACAAUACAUUGUCAACGAUUUAAAGGUUGAUGUGAAUAUACAAGACAGAGAUGGAUACACUUGUCUUCAUAUUGCAUCCUCAAAAAACCUGGUGAAUGUAUGCAAAUAUCUUGUCCAAGUAGGAGCAGACAAAAACAUGGUCGAUCAUUCACAAAUGAAACCUUUUCAAAAAUCCUCACGAAGAGAAAUUCAAGAAUUACUGAGGCCAAGUCUCUCAAUGCUCAAUACUUCUCUGCGAUAA